CCUUCUUCUUGAGCUGGUUACAGCCCUCCUGAGCUGACCGUGUGUGCCUCAUUGUUCAUAAGGCAGCAUUGCAGCACUUGCACAGAGACAGACCCACCCCAGCUCUCUUGACUGCCUCACAUUCUCUUUUCUCUUCCAUCCGGUGACAUCCUCCAGAUCUCUCCACCACCAGCUACCAUGGCUAGCACUAUGUCAGUUCACGCUCAGCCUCAGAUGUCUGGAAAGGAUAUGAACUCCAACAGAAUUGUGGAAGCUUACAAGGAGAAAAUUAAGGAGAUGUCCAUGCUGUCUCUGAUCUGCUCCUGUUUCUACACCCAGCCACAUCCCAACAGCAUCUACAAAUAUGGGGAUAUGGAAGUCAAGCCAAUUAACAAGAGGGCAUCUGGGCAGUCCUACGAGGUGAUACUGAAGGCCCCAGCUGACCUGUCUCCAGACCGCCCCCAGUCCCUCUCCUCCCCCCCUAAGAAGAAGGACAUGUCCCUGGAUGAUCUGCAGAAGAGGCUGGAGGCUGCAGAGGAAAGGAGGAAGUCCCAGGAAGCUCAGGUUCUGAAGCAGCUGGCUGAGAAGCGUGAGCAUGAGCGAGAGGUUCUGCACAAGGCCCUGGAGGAGAACAACAACUUCAGCAGAAUGGCCGAGGAGAAACUCAACUACAAGAUGGAGGUCAACAAGGAGAACCGGGAGGCCCACCUAAAUGCCCUCAAGCAGCGACUCCGUGAAAAGGAAAUGCAUGCAGCUGAGGUCCGCCGAAACAAGGAACUGCAAGCCGACUUCUCCGGUUGAAGACAUUUUCUACAACUUUAUCAAGAAAUUCCACAUCUCAAGAGUUUUGGCUAGGAAAAAAAACUGCAACUUUUUUUAAUAUUUCUGUAUCCAAGCUCCUGCAUUGUUCUUCAUCUACAAUAUUAUUCUUUGUGCAAUAGGAAACAAUUUACGAUUACAAUAUUACUGCUAGUCUAUCCACAACUUAUUGCUCUGUAUUCUGCUCAUGAACAUUUUCCUAAACUAAUGUUGAUUUAUUAGUUCAACCUUUAGGUUUUUACUAUCAAGGAGGUGGUUUUGAAAUGCACAUUACAAAUAUUGCUUCGAAAAAAAUUUCAGUCAGGGUGAAUGAAAUGCAAAACCAAGGUUUAAAUUCAAUCUGUUUUCUAUUUUAUUGGAUUGGGUUAAGGAAGACAGAAAGUAUACUUUUGUGGUUUAUGCCUCACUUUAAAAUCAAUCAAGACAUUAAAUGUCCCAUAUCCCACAUUAUACACCAGUAUGGUCACACUAUAUGAUGGUUUCAAAUUUUAGCCAAUUUAAAUUCUGCACUUGCGUAAGAAAUAUUAGCAUCUGUACUUAACCUGACAAGCAAAUUGAAGCACAAUAAAAUAUUACUCUUUAUGCAUCUCACAGUAAUCCGAAAUCUAAAGGUUGAAUUUCAUGAUUAUUAAAAAGACUGCCAUCGAUGUCACUGUGUAUUAUAAUUGUGUGUUCCAAAUAUUUACUGAUCUUAUGUAUGUGUGCAAGAAUUGCUUGAGCCAAAUUAUUUUGUCUUCUUACUGCAGUAGUGGUAGUACGACAUAGAAGAAACAAAAUCUGCAAGAUAUUACGCUGUACACGAGUGUUUGCUUGACGUGGAAUUCUGACUUGAAGCUUGUUCUUUUCUGUAAAUAUCUUUUGUUAUUAAUAUCAGGAUUGCAUUUUACAAGAUAGUGCUUAACCUAGUCAUCCAUUAUAUUGCAUAUCACCGCUGCACCACCAGUCAUGUUUUUAGUCCUGCAGUUUGUAUAUAUCUCACCUGUCAGAAAUGUUACCACGAUAAGGCUGAUUAUGGUGCUAUGGAGUUCUGCAGUUCCUCUAUCAACCAGGAGGGGGGGGGGGGGGGGGGUAUUAACACCAGUAGGCUGCAGCUCGCUCACCACAAACUUAUUCAAUUAGUCAAAAGGGCCAUCCCAAUUCUUUGAAUGCAAUCUGAAUUUGUGCAUAUACAGUACCUACUUGACGAGGGUUAACACCAGUAUUACUUACAUUUCAGUGGGUUAAAUAACAACCGAAAUUUAGAAAAUAUACAGUAUUUUGACUUGGGAAUUUGAGUUAACACAAAUAGACAAAUUAUUCAGCUUUUACACUGAAGGUGGAAAGGAAUUUGUGUUUGUCUACAUGAUUUUGUUUAAUAGUUUUUCCUUAGAAUUUGUGUUUAGUGUUUAAAGAUAUGCCUAUGGUAUUUGAAUAAUUUUUGAGACGCUGAGAAUAAUUUUAAGGAAGGCAAAACAGUUCAUGGUCAUUUAAAGAAACAUGUAGCAAAGUGACCUGUCUUACGUUAGUUAUCUGUAGAAUGUUUUUAUUCUUAAAAGGACAUUAAUGUAUUUAAACUAGUUUUUUGUGUUAGUUAAUAUGCUCCCUGAAUACUUUAAAAUAAUAAUAAUAAAUGCUAAAUACCACACAAAAACAUCUAGGUAUUAGCUAAGAAGUGCCAGUUUUCAUAAAAACCGUAGUAACUUGUCUGUUGGUGGCCAGUUAUGUUUAUAACCUUGCCUCCUCUACACUAUUCCUUGUGCUGUAUCUUCUCUGUUUGCCGAAGUCUGUGGAAGGCCCUGUUUGACACAGCUUUGGAUAAUUCCCUGCUGAUGUAACCUAAACUCCUUAAAAAUUCUGAUCAUAUCUUUGCCACAUUACAUUUUGUAGAUGAUUAAAAUGUGCCAUCUUCCAUAGUCCAUGAUGAUAACAGUCAAAGACAAGGACACACUUACAGCUCUACUUGUAUAACAUAUGUUAGGAUCUCUCACCUGCAGUUCAGUGUCAACUUGGGUUUGUUAUUGUGAACAGAAGUGAUAAUGAAUAAUAAUAAAGUUGGUAAUACACCAUGAA